GAGUAUGUCUGACGUUAGCUCCGAUGACGAGUGCCCGGAUCUUAUCCCUGUUCCUGUGAGGUCAGAGGUCAGUGAUGAACCAGCUUACAAGAUCCCAGUUACCAUCAUCACAGGGUUCCUUGGUGCUGGGAAGACUACUCUAUUAAAUUAUAUUCUCACUGAACAGCAUGAGAAAAAGAUUGCAGUCAUACUCAAUGAAUUUGGAGCAGGCAGUGCAGUUGAGCAGUCUAUGUCAAUUGGACAAUCAGGGGAGCUGUAUGAAGAAUGGCUUGAAUUACGUAAUGGUUGCCUAUGCUGUUCUGUCAAGGACAAUGGAGUACAUGCCAUAGAGAAUCUAAUGAAGAAAAGAGGAAAGUUUGACUACAUUCUUCUUGAAACCACUGGUCUAGCAGAUCCAGGUCCCAUUGCUUCAAUAUUUUGGCUGGAUGAUGAACUUGGGAGUGAGAUAUAUCUAGAUGGUAUUAUUACUGUCAUUGAUGCCAAGUUUGGUCUUCAGCAUAUAAAAGAAGAGAAGCCAGAGGGCAUUCUCAAUGAGGCUGUCAGACAAAUAGCCCUUGCUGAUCUGGUAAUCCUUAAUAAGACAGACCUUGUUAAUACUCAAGAAUUGACACAAGUUAGGGAUACUAUAAGGCAUAUAAACAGCAUUGCAAGGUUACAAGAAACACAAAGGUCUAGGAUAGACCUGGACCUGAUCUUGGACUUACAUGCUUAUGAUGCUCAGGGUGAAGUCAGUGGAUACCAACUGCUGGAAAAGAAAGGUCUGAAUUCUGAACCCAAUGCCAAAGGUCAUCUGGAUCCAGGCGUAACCACGGUAACAUUCCAGGUCAAAGGUAGUGUGCAAUCGUCCAAACUGGAAGACUUCUUACAGGGUCUCUUAUGGGAUAAAUCGUUAUGCAACCAAGAGGGGAAUCCUAUGGAUGUCAUGAGGUUAAAGGUAAUGAAAUCAAUUUCUUUUUAUCUUUUUCAUGCCGUUUGAUGGCAUUUAUGAUAUCACUGAUCUAGAUCUAUAUGGACCUCUUUCAACAAAACAAUAGAGUACUUGUAAGUGGCUUGAUUUAAAUGGAAACACUGGGUAUAUUUAACUUAGAUGUAGAAUCUGGAUGGAAUUUAAUGAUUAUAACAAUGGGGCUUUAUGAAUUGAAUAAUCAUGUUUUCUUGAUUGCUGCGUUUAUUUUUUUACAUUUUUUUUUUUACUAUAAUGGGCAUGGAAUUGAAUGAUAUCAGUACACUCUUGGAAUGCUGAAGUACACACAAACAUUCAACCUGUAAUGAUUCAACUUUUGAUCUUAAAAGUUUAGAUUUGAUAAGAUUUGAUAUUCUAGACAAUUUACCCAGAAAUCUUCGGCUAUCCACAUUUAUGGACAAUAUGACCUGAUUGGACAUUACUGAGGUAACAAUCAAUGAUCAGGGCUCUGUAAGACAAAGGCUUGCAAUCAAUACAUGUAAAUACCAAUGACCAAUCAAGAUCAUUGUUGUAUGCGCACUCUCUUUGAAAUACUGACCGGAAACCAAUCAGUGUGGUUCUUUCAUAUUUGCAAUUCAUCCCAAACCUUUAGGUUGCAGAGCCCAGGUCAUAGAUAUUUGUAUGCUCAAAUUGAGUCUCAUUGGUUGUAAUGGUUGUAGUGGAUAGCAAGUUUUUUAGCAACAAACUUAAGUUGAACUUAUGGAUAUCUUCUCCCAACACACAUGAACUUUAAUGAUCAUGAAUGUACCGCUUCAUGAGUUUGAUUGGAGGGGGAGGGGGGUUCAUAGAGAUUAGUUAUUAUGAAUACACAAUUCAUUGCAAGAAUAGGAAAAUUUACCAAGUGUGAAAUAGAUCUACUUCCUAUUGAAAAGAAAAAUUGUAUACAAAGUUUGCUCAAUAGACACAUUAAUUGUAGACCGUUUGGACAAGUGUACAAAUCACAUUUUAUUGUGAAAAAGUUCUUGAUUGUUCAUUUUAGGAAAAUUGUUUAAAGUAUGCUUGACUUGGUCUGCCUGGUUUGAGUGUGCAUACCUUGUAGUUCAGUUGUACUAGCUCUACAUGGGUCAGUGGGUUGUCAUGCAUGCCAUUUGCUAUCUUCUUGACAAUUUAGUGUUGUUUAUCUUCUUAUGAUAACCGCUUCAAGCCUUCAUCUUCUUAAAUUAUUGAAUUGAU